CCCGCCGCACUCCCUGCAGAAUAGUCAGGGGGACGAUGUGGGCCUGCUCCUCCUGGGCUCCUCGCUGCACCUAGUGGCACACCACCACAGCCCCACAGCCCCCCUUCAGGGCCCAAGAUGUCCCCUGGGGCCUUCCGGGUGGCCCUGCUCACGCUGUUCCUGCUGGUCUGUCUCGCACACCCGAAGCCGCUGCAGAGCUGGGGCCAGGCAUCCCCCGGGGGAAAGGACCGCAGCUCGCUGGGAUUGCCCGGAGGUGGCGAGCAGGGCGUUUUUGACCUGAAGAUGUUCCUAGAGAACAUGAAGGUGGAUUUCCUGCGAAGCCUUAACCUCAGCGGCAUUCCCUCCCAGGACAGAACCAGGGCGGAGCCGCCCCAGUACAUGAUCGACCUGUACAACAGAUACACUGCAGACAAGUCAGCCACGCCUGCCUCCAACAUCGUGCGGAGCUUCAGCGUGGAAGAUGCUAUAUCGACGGCUGCCACAGAGGACUCCCCCUUCCAGAAACACAUCCUGAUCUUCAACAUCUCCAUCCCUAGGCAUGAGCAGAUCACUAGGGCUGAGCUCCGUCUCUAUGUCUCCUGUCAAAAUCAUGUGGACUCCACCCAUGGGCUGGAAGGGAGCAUCGUCAUUUACGAUGUUCUGGAUGUAGAUGAGGCUUGGGAUGGCGCCUCGGGGACCAAGACCUUCUUGAUAUCUCAGAACAUUCAGGAUGAGGGCUGGGAGACCUUGGAAGUGUCGAGUGCCGUGAAGCGGUGGGUCAGGGCAGACUCCACGACCAACAAAAACAAGCUGGAGGUGAUGGUGACGAACCAUCGGAAAGGCUGCGACACACUGGAUAUCAGUGUCCCUCCAGGCUCCAAAAACCUGCCCUUCUUUGUCGUCUUCUCCAAUGACCGCAGCAACGGGACCAAGGAGACCAGACUGGAGCUGAAGGAGAUGAUUGGCCAUGAGCAGGAGACGGUGUUUGUAAGGACAUCCAAGAGUGGUUACCAGGAGGCAGGUGGGACCCACGAAGAGGAGGAGGGAGCAGAUGGCCGCACAGCUGUAGGACCGUUUUUAGCUAGAAGGAAGAGGAGCACUGGGGCCAGCAGCCACUGCCAGAAGACCUCUCUCAGGGUGAACUUCGAGGACAUCGGCUGGGACAGCUGGAUCAUCGCGCCCAAGGAGUAUGACGCCUACGAGUGUAAAGGAGGUUGCUUUUUCCCGCUGGCUGAUGACGUGACGCCCACAAAACACGCCAUCGUGCAGACCCUGGUGCAUCUCAAGUUCCCCACGAAGGUGGGCAAAGCCUGCUGCGUCCCGACCAAACUGAGCCCCAUCUCCAUCCUGUACAAGGAUGACAUGGGGGUCCCGACCCUCAAGUACCACUAUGAAGGAAUGAGUGUGGCGGAAUGUGGGUGCAGGUAGUCCUGGCGCGCCCAGCUUGGGGGUGCAGGAGAAGGAAGAGGUCCUGACAGGCCCUGCAUCCCCCUGGCCACGACAGGGGCUAAGCUGACAUGAACCCAUCCUGGAGAAGGAAAGAAGCCACUUGCCCCUCCUGUGUCCAGUGGGUUCCUCUGCUGAAUUGACAAUGACUGGGGUGUGACAGUCUGUGGGCAGAGGCCCUGGAAAGGUUGAUGGGUAGGGAGGAGGUGAUGGAAAGGAAAUUGGAGAAGAGAUGAUUUAGGGACAGCAGAAAUUCAAGGAGAAACCAGCCAAAGAUACAGGUGAUGGGCAGAGUCAGGGAAGUUACAGGGUCCAGGAAUGGGUCCAGGCUACCCAUUCCAGUACCGUCAGGAGUGAAGGAGGAAAUGGACUUGAACUGUCAUUUCAUGUUAUUUCCCACACCCCACCCGAGAUGUACACUGUGACCUCUGAUUUUCAGUUGUAGAAACCAAAACUCUGCCAGGCAAUUACUAUGACUCAGUGUUGGGAUUCUACCCUGAGUCUGUGGGGCUCUGAAGGCUGAGACCUUCCCAAGUGUCCCAGGCAGUUUAUCAGGUUAGAGUAUCCUGAGGGAGUCAAUAGAUGUGGAAAGCCUAGCAUGAGGCUAGGCAGGACUGGCCCAGGUUCAUUUCCACCAAUACAAAUAGGCUGCUUGCUGUGCUCCGGCACAGUCUGCUUGCUCCAUGCCCACUCUGUGGCCAUGUGAUUUCUAAUUGAAACACGCCUCCCCCCCAGUAAAUAUCUCCAAGCAAAUACAGAAUGGAGAGAAGCAGUUCGAGACCUCAGCCCUCGGGCACUCGCUGUGAUCUGAGCCACCUUGACCACUGGUGCAGUCCUCAUAUGUUUCAGGAGUCAGACAAGGCCCCUUGCAAUCCUUCGUUCCAAUCCCGUGUCCAGAAGGGCUGCCUACUGCGUGGGCCUCUGAAAUGAUCUACUCUGUCUGGCCAGCACCCCAGGCAGGUGCAUUCCUUGCCUAAGGACUCCACAGAGGACAGGCUGGGGUUCAACUUUGUUGGGAUUGAAUGUGCUCUUGGCCAACUAUGAAAUGUGUCUAUUUGCCUUCCUUAGUGACUAGGAGUCCAGCCUUCCUGGGUGAGCCUCCUGGCAUCUGAGGAGAGCUCUGUUCCUCACUUGCUGCCACUGACUCUGCCUACAGGUAUCAGCUCCCUUGAGUACUGUGUCCCCCAGGGAGGACAGCAUUUCCAUUCCUGUGCUUCAACUUCUCAUAUGACUCUCCCAGUGGCUCACAGGACUGCAUGGGGUGAGAGAGACAGCCCGAUGCCCUUAGGGCCCAGAAGGUCUUGGAGAGAUCUGGACAACUCUUAUUGAUUGACGCAUCCAUAUAACUUUUAAAAAUGGUCUGCUUUAAAUGUUUACAGGGAAUCAAUGAACAACUCUUAACACUAAACACAAUGGAGUGUUGUUUAAUUGGUUGAGCUGGAGAAAAGGUAAGUUUCUAACACAUGCCAGGCAGCAUGGCAUGGUAGCACCAUUCACAGAUGGGGGUGGGGGGUGACAUCUUCUCUGGGUCCUGGUGAUGUUUCUGUGUGUGAGAGAGAGUUUUACAUAGAAAUAAAGCCUAACACCUGG